AUGGCCUCCAUGGUUGAAGUGGGAGUGGAGGUGAAGUCCUCCCCAGACAAGUUCUGGACAGCCAUUCAUGCCUCCACGAAGCUAAUCCCCAGGAUCUUCCCUCCCCAUCACAAGAGCAUUCGGAUCAUUGAAGGUGAUGGCAACAGUGUUGGCACCAUCCGGCUCCUGAAAUAUGCCCAAGGAGUUCCACUGAUCACGUUUGCAAAGCAGGUGGCUGAGGAGCUCGACGAUGCCGAUAUCACCGAUGGUGAGAUCGUGAGCUUCUACAAGACCUUCAAGACCACCCUAAAGGUGGAAGCCAGAGGUGACAGCAGCCUGGUUAAAUACUACAUCGAGUAUGAAAAGGUGUCUGAAGAAGUUCCUGACCCACAUCUCACCCAGGAGAUGGCAGUCGAACAUUAUAAUGAACUGUUCGAUCUAUCCUAAUUAAAUUAAUCAGCCUACUUUCUACAACACAAUCUCAUGAGCAUGUGCAUACGUGCAUGAAUAAAUAAUGCAUGAAAGAGUUGAAAUCAUGUAGGUCGAACAUCAUCUUUCUUUUUUUUUUUUUUUCUGAAAUUAAAUCUGCAUUAUGUCAAUAAUAUCAAUGAAGGUGAUGGAGGAUCUGACCUUUGUGGUUCUUCUCCGCAAGAAAUUCAACGUCAUUGAGAGCAUUCCUGGCUCGUCCUCCUACCACACCUAUUGGCAUCUGCAUCACUGGCACACCAUUGAUCUUGUACCCACCAUCGAAGCUCUACUUCUAAAGCAGCCUUAGAUAAAACCUCCAACACCAACGUCCUCAUCGGGUUA